GUAUGCUUUCGCUACACAAACCACUCCAUCCAAAAUCUCGUGAUACUCAAACUCAUGGUGUUGUCCUCCAACCAAAUCUUACCGAGCUGACUAAUCCCCUUCCCAUUCCUCACCGACCACCAAACGCGUCCUUCACCUUGAUCCGCUAACUUAGAUCCGAUCCUCUUACUCACCUCAUCGCCGUUCACUCAUGCCUCAGACAAAAUGCCCACUCCUUCAAAACAUGUCAAAUUCGUCGCCUCAGACCCUUCGCGCGGUGGUCUCCCCGUAAAGCGCAAACAAGUCCAGCACGCAUGCGCUUCAUGUCGCAAGAAAAAAAGGCGCUGCGUCCAUGCUGAAGAUGCAGUCGAGGAGACCUCGCCUCCCGUAGAAGAAGAUGAGACAUCCCGGUCAACAUCACUGCCUUUACCAACACAAAGAACUGCUCUCCCAGACUCAUCGCUCCAAUAUGCAAACUCAACCGCAAACGCAAGUCCCGCCGCGCCAACUCCAAGGCGUGAAUCUGGCAGCACGCCCAAUCAAUCAUCCCGCUUCGUGGGCGAUCUCAAUCCAGAGGGCAUGUUCAUGGAAGCCACAGGCUCAGCAUCUAUCCGCGAGACUUCACAGAAGGGCGAUGUAGGAAUAUGGCUUUCGUCGAAUAAUCCCGGUCAAGCAAGUCAAUUUAUCACUUCGCGACCACCGCCGAUAAUGGAUCAGUUCUUACUACCGUUUGUCAAAGAGCACUGUCUAUCGUGUCUGCCUCCACAGCAAGACUACCUCAAAUUAAAAGCACUGUAUCUGGAAAAGAUUCAUCCCAUCAUGCCGAUCAUACCGGAGUCUGCGCUGGAGGGUGAUGAACCAGUGAGUGUGGUGCUGAAACAACUCAUCUGUCUCGCCGCAUCUACAGACCCAAGCAUGGCGCUGUAUCUUCAUCUCCAGAACAAAGGCGAUGAUCUCCUCCCCUGCCAAGACUUUAUGCAAUCCCUCUCCUCCGCCGUCCGCGCCAUCCUCGAAACAAGCAUCAUAACAGAUCGCGUCCUUCACAUCCGCGCCCUCAUCCUCUUAUCGCUAUACACCCAGCCCAACUCCUCCGAAGAAGCAGACCUCCCCGCACAACUGGGCGGCCGCGCUAUUCACCACAUCCAGACUUUAGGUCUUCACCUGUUGAGAUACGACGGGCCCAACUCUGAGGAGCUGGAGACGCUGUUUUGUGCGGUUUGGGCGGUUGAUCGGAUUAACGCGGCGGUUUAUGGGAGGCCGUGUGUUAUGCAUGAGAGGGAUAUAGGCGCGAAUCUGGAUGGGUGUAUUAGGAAGAGACCGCCGUGCUUUAGGCUGUUUCUGAGUGUGGUGCAGUGGUUGGAUCAGGUCAUUGAGCUGUAUCGCCCGGGCCCCAGUGCUGAGGCGAGCGGGCUGGAUAAGAUUGCGUAUAUUGAUCUUCCAGUUCUCGAGGCCAUGAUCGUCAACGCCGAUGCCCUCAAAGUACCAGGUUCACUAAUCGCAACGAUUGAAACCUUCUACCACGCCGUCAUCAUCCUAUCAUGUCGUCUCCCACGCCCAGGCACACUGACAGCAGCAUCUACCCUGCCUCCCCCCUCCGCCAACGCCCGUCGCUCCCUCGCAGCAGAACGCAUCGCCUGCGCCGUCCUGCGCGACCACCUCUCCCCCAUGCCCUUCGUCCCCUACGCAGUCUGCCUCGCCCUAAGCGUAGAGUACCGCAAGAUGCGCCACUCCCGCCUGCCCAUGUUCCGCUCGCGCGCCAUGCACGCAUUCCGUCGCAACUGCGAGAUGCUCCGCAGAUUCGGCGACUACUUCUGGAGCGCCAACGUGGUAGCCGGGUUGGGCGAGCGGGUGCUCAAGGAGAUGGAGCGCGCUGCUAACACGCUCACGCGGGAAUCACCGUCGCCGGCGCCCGCGGUGGUGAGUGCUGUGGCUGUGACGAAUCCGAGCAUGGUCAAUGCUGUGCCGAGCGUGGAGCAGGCCGUGGACUUUUCGCUGAUUGAUGCGAUCUCGGGGGCGGAUGUGUUUGGGGCUAUUGAUCCGAGUUUUAACCUGGGGGCUGUGGAGGAUGCGCUGGAGGCGAAUCUGGAUAUCGGGCUGCCGAUGAAUUGGGUUGAUUGGGGGCAGUAUGCUACGCUGUCGUGAGGUGGACAGCUCAGAGUCAGCUACGUCUUUGAUGACUGCCGGUGAUUCUUGAUGGCUGGUUGGUGAGUUGGUGUUGUUGCGCCCGUUGGUGAACGGCUAAAAACUUACUUUGGUGGUGAUACUUGGCGCGGCUAUUUCCAGAAUUUUAGUAAGACGAUGACCACGCGUGAGAUGACAGAAGCUCACUGUCAGCGACAAAUGCCUGGGCUAUAAAACUGGCUUUGCUGCUGGUAUGGUGUGUUUCGCUCUUAAACAUCAGUCACCAUGUGGAAAACAUCAUCGAAAGAUACCAGCACUGAGAUCGUCGCUCUUCUCGACGACACUACGAGUACACAUACCCAGCACACUACACCAAGACUUGGUCGAUUAAGGCGAUGCAGGGUGAACUUGAAGAAAUGGGGGCAAUUAUCGGCGUUGGUCGGAAAAGAUAUAAACAUGGUGGCGUGUUGUCUGCCGUGUAAUCUGUAAGAUGGACAUGGCUUUUGCAACAAUAGACGGUUCAGCAAUGAAGGAAUAGACAUGGAGCGGUAAUCGGUAUGAUUGGCAGCCCGUAAGCGCGGUAAUAUAAAGCUUCAUGGGUGAGAUGAUCGGAGUCUUGUGCGUCGUGUUGGUCGUAGAUCGUGGUGCUGAGGCGAAUGGCUGGAGGAUCAAGUAGAGGUGUCUGCUCGGAUCAACCGGCGACUUAGUCGUCCUCAAUAGAUACCGUCCAUCUCCUCGCUGACCAUUUCAGAUCCCGCGACGUGCACAUGGUUGUAGCAUUCGAGGCUCGAUCGCACGAGUCGUUCAUAGUCGCCUGUCCCAUUCUCCAUCUUUCAAUCCACCUCUUACACCUCCCACCAUCGUCAAUCAUCACAGUUAUUCAGGGUAUCAUAAAAUCGUCAAUCCAUCUCCUUCACUUCCUCGUUAUAUCCGUCGGCUUCCCUCUAAACUGAUUCUUAAUCUCAUCCAAAAAAUGCUUCGCAAACUCUGAAUUCUUCCCAGCAGUAUUCGGAUCCGCCGUCGCUUCGCCCGGCGCCAAGGGCUCGUGAGGAUUUCGUCCGUGCUGCUUCUCGUGGAUGGUCUUGUGGAUGCGUGUUACUGCGCGGUGGAAACCUGGUUGGCGGAGGAUCUAGGCCAUCAUUGUUAGUAAGGAGAGUAACGGUUGAGGUUGGGAGGCGUACGGAUGCGACGAUGUGAUCCUGUAGUUUGUUAGUGAUUAAGAAUGAGAGAGAGGGAAGGGAGGGGACGAACUUCGAAGGAUUGAAUUGCGCGGAGGAGCCACCAGUGUGCAGCCAUUUUGGUGAGGCAGAUGGGAUGGGUAAUUGAAGAUGCUGAAUUCAAGAUGGAGAUGGAGAUGUUGGAGUGGCGGCGUUAGUGGCGGGAAAUGGAGGGGCGAGCAAGGAUGACAAAUGGAUCUGCUCUUGUGUGACAGCUUGUUGACUACAGUUUCAGCUACAACUACAGCUACCCUGAACUUAGCAUGAACCAAUCAAGGGCUCAUCAACACUCGAAGCUUAAGAGCAUCAAAAAACUUAUAAUAAUGUCAAAAUAUCUCAAGUUCAACACGCACUCAUCCUCAAGUUAGGUGAUUUAAAUGUUUAGAUCUUGGUCACUUUCAAUAGACGCUCACUAUCCGUCAUAUACCCUCAGUCAACGUCAAAUCACAUUUUAUUAAUCCCAAUCCACCAGCUCAACCUCUAUCAGAGCUUAAAAGUACUGGUUCAUGAAGGCACCGAUAUAAUCCUGCUUCCCCAACUCAACACCCUCCUUCCUCAAAAUCGCAUACGCAGUCGUCAAGUGAAAGAAGACAUUAGGAAUUCCAUAUCCCUGCACAUAAUCCCUAACCUUCAUAUCCGCACUCUUCCCCGGCCCCAGCCCAAUAGUAACAACCUCCGCACCACGCUUCUCAACAAGUUCCCUAUCAGCCUUCUCCACAACCUCGAGAACCUGCGCGAUUCUCUUGUGGUACUGCUCAAAUGUAGUGCACUCGUCGCGGGACAGGGUCAGCGGCUCGGUGCCGGUUGUGCGCGCGACGAUCUUUUGCGCUGUGUCGGUGGUGAAGUGGACCUGGAAGCUCAGGUCCAGCAUGUCAGGGGCCAGUUUGGCGGUGGUGAAGGACGCGGCGUUGGCGUGGGACUCGGCUUUCUUGAGGAUGGAGGACAAGGAGUUGAGGGCUUCCUUGGUGUGGAGGAUGGCGGCGUCGUAGAGUGUGUAGCUCAUGAUGGGCAGUGAAACCUCGUUGGUGGUGAUGGAGAGUGAAUUGGGUAUAGUAGUGUAUUGCGUGAUGAAGCUUGUCUGUCCGGACAGUCCGAGAGGCGAUGUCUACGGGGUAUAUAUAUCUCUUCCUCUCCCCGUUUCAAGAGAACCUCAAUCCUUCUCCACUGUCUACACCGCUUGCUUUACUAAUGGACCUUUCCAGUUUCACCCCCUCAGAUCGACCCGGUUGAAGACUCUAGAUGCUUCCUCGAUUAGUAAUGGGUCCAUUGAGACCAUUGCGGAGACUGGGAGUAACGCUAAACGUCUCCGGAUCAUCGCUGUCCGACAUCCGUGCGGGAUAAGAGACACGGGUUCUUUCGUUGGAUGUCCGUUGAACAAGUGUUCCAAACGGGUGGGAAUAUCGCACGAUUCAUGAAACUGGCUUACAAACCAGAGUUUGAUUACAAAAUACCUGAUCCGAAUGAGACACGGAGAACCAGAAAAAUGGCCGGCAAAUAUGACUGCAGAAAUAACCGGGGUGAAAAAUAAAUGACAGGUAACCGAAGAAAUGACCGUGACGGACGAAAUAACGGACAAGAAAUCACAAUUGAGGCCAUCACCUAAAACCCAAGGAUCCGAUUCGCCUCCCUCACAACAUCCCCCUCCCCCUCCGUCCUCAGCGCACUCAGGCCCAUCGCCCGACGAGCCGCUCCGUCAAGCAUCUCCGCCGUGCCCCGCCCCACAUGUCCGGCCUCCCCCGCACCGCCAGGGAAGUCCGGUCCCGGCGUGCCACGGAGGAAAGCCUCGCGCUGACGGACCAUGUACUCUGCGUUCUGCGCCGUGAUCGGACAGAUGGGGAUGUACAGCACUGAAGAGUCUGCUUUGCCGGCGUGUACUUUGUCGACUGAGUGGAUUGCUAUGUUCAUUAAUACCGAUGGUAAUUUGGGGUAGGAAGAGUUAGAGGGGAGAGACUCACUGUCGCAGUGCCAUGCUACGAAAUCUCCAGGUCGUAUCUCAGGGACGUGGACCAUCGUCCUCUCAAGCUCCAAAUGCGGAUGCAACUCCCCCGUCAACUCCUGUCCCGUCCCCGGCGUCGCACCCUGCAACUCACUAUCAACAUCCCUCAUCAACUCCCAAUUCCCCUCCUCCAAGUACCCCUCCCCCAAACUUCCACUCCUCGCCUUGAAAAAUGGCCUCAGCAGCACAUACGCCAUAGAUAGCUUCACCAGCGGAUUAACCAACAACGUCCCCUCCCUAGGCUUCGUACGACUCAUGCUCAUCCACCCCUGCCACAUUCUAAACAUCGAACAUGCACCCAAUCCAUCGUACCGAUUGUUCACAGCGUCGACACGGCCGCUUGCAUCCCAUGGAUCGUAGGUCUCCCAGUUUCCUUGGAGGAUGGAGUCGUAGACGUGUCCUGCGCCGUAACCCUCUGGUUCCCAGCGCUCGACGCUUCCGCCGUCGAUGUGGGGACCGAGAGCGAAGCUGGCAUCGCCGGGUUGGCGGAUACGCAGGCGGUCGGCGUAGCUGAAGGGUUGGGAGAGGGAGAUUGAUGUUGGGGAUGUGGUGUGCCAGAGGGACAUGAGGUUUUGUUGGACGGACAGGAAGUUUGGGUGUGAGCGGGCUUUUAGUUGGGGUGGUGACCAGUAUAAUUCGUAGACUUGAGGAUCGUGAGGUGGAAAUGCUGUGAUUGUCAGCCUAAGCCAAUUGAAAAGCGAAGUGUAGGGGUAGAUUACCUCGUGUAGAUGGAUUCCUAGCAACAUACUCCUCCACCUCAGCCUUAUACGCCCUCGCCUCACCCUCCGGAACAACACCCCUCACCACAACAACGCCUCUCUUCUUAACCUCCUCCCUCAAUGCAUCAUUCCUCUUCUCAAGAUCCUUAAACUCAAUCUGUGGUAUAACACCCGGUCCCUUGUUCGCAACAAUCUCAUUCUCCCGCUUCAACUCACGAAGCAGCUUCUUCCACGAUUGCACAAUCUUAUCUUCUCGACCUUGUAGGAGUGCGAGUUUCAGCUGACGAUAUCGAUCUGGUAAAGGCUCGCGCUGGGCCCCGGAUAGCGAAGUAAAUGCAUCCGAGAUGUCGCCUUCUUUUUUGGCGGAGGCUAGCGAUGUCAUGCAGCGGCCGAGGACAGGGGGGGAGGACUUGGCGAGGGAUGCGCGGAGCAUUUUGACAAAAGAUGCUAGAAUCGAUGGAAAGAAUGUGAAAGAUAUUAUGAGAGUGAUGAGAAGGUUGCGAUAAGAUACAGGACGAUAUAGAAUGGUGAAGAGAUAAUGGUGUUGGAUCUUAUAUCGAAUUGAGGAGAACGCGGUCUUGCUCCUUUCGGACAUUCCGCAUCUCAACUCGAAAAGCAAGAAAUUCAUUCCCCAGCUUCGGGGAGUAAGAACCUUGUUCAAUGUGGGGUUACUCCAGAUGGUCCUCAUGGCCACGACAUUCCUUCAGCACAAAAUAUCAAAGUCACCAGUCACAAGGGAAAACACCGCAGUUCAGAGACCCAAGCGAAGUGAAUCUAGGGGACCUAAAAUUCUCCCGAACUGGCUUAAUUUUACACAACUAUUCCUGUCGCUUACAUCGCGGUCCCCAACUUCAAGAUCUACCUACACAGCACGUCACUCCUAGUUUACAGUGAUUUGCCCUCAGGGAUUGAGAAGACUUUUGACAUUAAAUCAGGUUACAAAUAAGGUGGUCCCAAGUCUUGACAAGAUAUACUUACCUUAGUUUACCUAAGUCUUCAUUACUUACAUAGAAGGUCCUUCGUUUCUCUCC